UGGUAAAGGUAGAUGACAGGAUCUACUCCCUAGCUCUUCCUCGAACCAUGCGUAGUGUGUGUUUUGACCUAAGCUUAAGUCUACCAUUGUGGAACUACUUUCACUUCCUUAAUGUUAAUCGUUUUAGGUAGUGGCGGAUAGCAAAGGGAAAGGUGUUACAACGAGCGGCUGACAUCGUAUGGCGUAACGAAGGAGAUGCAGUCUAGAUCAGUUUGGACUCUGGAGUUUCCACGCCGUCCUUACUACGAGGUAUUUACCGGCGCUUAUUUCUUGACGGCAUUUCGGAAAUUUCUCCUGAUUGGUGGAAUGAAGUCCCAUGUAUAUCUUUCCCCGAGAAAGAUGCCUAAAGAAAAGGAGUAAGGGUAAAGUAAUGACCAGAGAAAUAUUCUGGAGGAAAAUCUGGGAUCCAGGUUACACAGUUCGGAGAGAUCCCUUUGUUUUUUGAUAUAGAUACGGUGCGGUAUGCCACUACUCUGUAGGUACUCGAUUCCCCAUAUCUAUCUCAGUGGGCGCUCCUUUUUUCUCAGACCACGUUGAGUUCAUAGCUCAUAACGGCAAUAGAUGGUGGAGCACAAAUCGGCAAUACAGACCCACAAAAUCUUGGUACCCGCAAAUGUAUAAAGUACAUCACUAUCACAUAUCUACUAUGCAUAUGUACUAACUAUAGAGUGACCAAAAUUUUGUCUUACCAUCGGCGGCUAAUAAACCACACAAAAUAUGGUUGACAUUCGCGCUAAUAUCGCAUAUGGACGUACAAACCCGACAGUUCGGUUCUGACCAUGGAUAGUUUAUUACUACCAACUGUUGCCAAAUGUUAGUAGAAUCAUGGACAUCAAAUCAAUGGCGAUGAAAUAUACAAAUAUGAAACGAGAAGUUUCUGAUGGACUGUUAUAUAUUGCGCCUCUCCUCAGCCAGAAGUGUUCGUCCAUUACAGCAUCAUCAUCAUUUUCAUCAUUUGAGAUUUUCAUGCGGUUUGAACCGGUUUUGACGCUUCAUAUACAACAUGCAUCCUUCUAAAUUUCUCGAAUUUGCAGCUUACCUUGGCUUGACUCAUGGCGCUUGCAAUACAAACGUCACAAUAAACGGACUGGGCACAGCUUCUGAUGGACAACUUGCCAUCAAUCACCAAAUUGCUCUCUUCUCGUUUGGUGGAUCAUCAUGUGGCUAGUUUUACCACUUCUCCGUAUUCAAAAGAAACAUAUUAACAAAACAUGCAGAUCCAAAUACCACAGUCUUGAGUUCGUCCUCAUCACCAACGCCUAUUUCCUACCCUAUUGUAUUAACCUUUAACUAGCUCAAGAUAUCUCAUACAGCCACAUCAACAUCCGUAGUACAUCCAAAUCAGAUUGGUACAGCUACUAUGGCAUUCCAACAUUCGAUCUGUCGGCACACUGCGAUAUCCAGAGUUCUGGCGUCCCCCUCCGCGAAUUCGUCCAAACAGGUCACUUUACCUGGACAUUAAUUCCCGAACAAAAAAUCACAAACAUUAUUUGCGAAACUACUCCUCAUACCAUGGUCAAUUUCAUCGGGAAAGGAAAAGAUGGGACGCAGGUUUUCCGCACGGAAAAAGUAGUUGGGGGUGAGGAGCUUGGAUUCAGAUUUGGUGAGUCCUUGAUUCAUUCCCUUGAUUUUUAGACCGUGAAGAUUCUAAUAUGAAUAGACUCAAAUUCUCCAUCCAAAAUCCACCAACUAGAAUCCACCUACCCAUAUUUCAGCUCUUGCAGAGUUUCAAACGGAAGGAGUGAAUUUUCAUUCACGAAAACGGAUCGUGGAAUUUAUACUAUUAAUCCACCACAACCUCAGCUGGAAAUUUCGUGUCCAGAUUUAGCUUCUUUUCCGUGGAAGGGAGCUUCGACUCCGAAGUUAUAUGUGCAGAGUUCGUGAUGAUUAUGGUUGGUUAUAGGCUGGCUACCUUGGGAUUUUGGAGUUUGGUCGGGUUCGGCGGAUAAUGUAGGAAAUUGUAUGAGUAAUUAAAUAUUGGGUGUAUUUAAAUGGAAGAGAAGAGCUGAGCUGAGUUGACAAUAUCAACUCAUUCACUGGUCGUAAGAUUAUAUUCAGAUACAAAAAUUCAAGAACUUUAAUCG